UAUUCGUCUCUCGAUCCAAAUCAGCUGUCAAAUUGAUUGGCAGUUUCUCAAGGGUCUCAUUACUUUGAUCCAAUGAAAGGAAAGAAGUAUAGACAGGCUUGGAGAAGGACAAAAGGAAAGGCGGGUCACAUUCGAACAUGUGUCACAUCACUCACGGCUUCUAACAGCGUUGCGAAGGAGACUUUCGUGGACCAAUCACAGAAGCCCACAGCUCACAAUCAAUCAAGAGCAUAGGUGCCAGUUCCAAAUGGCGCCAAAUUACCACCCAUCACGAACCAAUCCGAAUAUAAUAUCCACGUGUCGGCAUUCGUUAGCCUAUCUCUUGUUUAGUUGUAGUUGUAGGAAAAAUGGAGGCGGAUAGUCCACAGACCUCUGGAGCCUCCAAAGUCGACCUCCCGAACGAUCCGGGGAAGAUGUUCGUCGGAGGCCUGAGUUGGGAAACAACGGCAGAGGGUCUGCAGGAAUACUUUAGCAAGUAUGGAGAUCUAAAGGAGUGCCUGGUGAUGAGGGAUCCUAACACAAAACAAUCGAGGGGGUUUGGGUUUGUUACUUUUGAGGAUCCAGCCGCUGUAGAUGCAGUGUUGAAAGCAUGCCCACACGAACUUGACCACAAGAAGAUCGAUCCGAAAGUCGCUGUGCCCAAGAGACCUCAACCGAAGCUGGUAACGAGAACAAAAAAGAUAUUUGUAGGAGGGGUGUCUGCUUCCACCACUGAAGAGGACUUGACCAAUUUUUUUAAACAAUAUGGAGAGGUGGCAGAAUCCAAGCUUAUGUUCGAUAAAGUUACACACAGACAUAGAGGAUUUGGCUUUGUAACAUUUGAAACUGAAGAUGCAGCUGAAAGUGCCUGUGAGGAACAAUUCCACCUGAUCAACGAUAAGAAGACUGAAGUUAAGAAAGCGCAACCUCGAGAGGUGAUGCAAAGUUUGCAAGGUGGGCGUGGUAGGGCUGGUAGGGCCUUGGCUGGACGAGGGUUCUUGUAUCCUUUCCAUCCUGGGUUUCCUCGAGGCUUUCCUCUGUCAGGCUUUGGUCCUGGUUUUGGUAACUACCCAUUUCCAGGUGGGUACAGUCCUGCUGCAGCAGCAGCAUUUGCAGCACAGAACAGGCCGGUGAGAGGUAAAGGCCGUGGUUACUUAGGGAACUAUCCCGGAAUGCUUGGUUUUCCUGGCUACCCUGCUGGAUUCAUGAAUCCCCCUGACCAGCGACGAACAGCAGGAGGUCAGUACUAUGCAGACUAUGCCACAAUAAGUAAUCAGGGAGGCCGCUCAGGACCCAACAGACCACCUGACAUUCCACAAGUUAGCCCAGCCAUGCAGGAAUAUACUGACUAUCAGGGCAUGAAUUACCAUCAUACCCAGCAAUUUGGUCCUCCACCACCCUCACCAGUAUCCAGGGCAUUUGCCCCUUCUGCAACUAGUCCAGGACCUGUUCAAGAUCUAAGCAGCUACAUCAAUUCUGCUGCAAAUACUUCAGCAGAUGGUUUGGGGUACACUGCCACCAGCCCUCAGCCUACAGGCUUUGGUCAUGCCAUGGCGUUCUGAUGGAGGAGUGCAUCAUUAUUUCCGUUGGCCACUAAGAAGCUUUGGCAUGAGAUGCUGAUUGUUACAGGUCCAAUUUCUGCAUUUGAUGAGGUUUGAAGACCAUUUGAAGUACCGGUACCAAACUAUUUUGUCUCGAUUUACGAGUCAAUUCAUCUCGAUAUAAUUCUCCACCUAAUCAAAGGUGGAACGUCUUUUGAUGGUCAAAAUGAAAUUUAAUUAUGUCAGUUGUAGAGAUAUUUCUAGUUUACGUAUAUCUUGAUUUACAUGACCAUUUUAGUUACAAGGCAGACUGGUCACAUCUUAGAUUCAUUAAUAGAAGUAGAUAGCAGUUGUUUACUAUAGCUCGGUGUGUCUAGAUUUCUUUGUAGUGGAUAGUUACAACAACUAAAUUUGCUGGAUUCGGUGAAUAAGUCAACCUGACUCUCAUUUAAAAGAGUUCAGAGGCUUGGCGACUCGGAGUCAGAUUCAUUCCAGGAAAGUAUUAAAGGAAAACGGAUUGUUUUACUUAUAUAGUAGUGAUUUACUUAAAAUGAGAGAAUUUUCAGGUUGUGAUGUUUUGUUGUAUUCCGGUCGAUUGGAAAACCAACAAGCUUAAGAGGAAGUAAGAGUUUUCAUGGCGAAGUUUAGUGGUACUGAAGAGGAGUAGUGUUUCUAUCAAAAAGGGAUAAUGGAUCAUUUCCAUGGGACUGCUUUGCAGCCAUUUCCGGUGUCGUCACGCCGGGCGAUUAACUCCCCCAGUAACGACACCGGAAAUGGCUGUAAAGCAGUCUACAUUUCCAUGAGACUGCCUCAAACCGAUUGUCAUACUGUUUAGAUUUAAAUGCGAAAACAUGAUUCCAAAAUCACGAAUAGUACCGGCAUUUAAUUUCGCAGCAAUACAUACUGCACUUUCCAUCGUGCACCAAGGGUCUUAAAACUUAAAGAAUUCUCCUAUUUUUUUUUUUUUAUUGAAAAGACUCCGUAUACAGAGACGAUAUCUAGAUUUCCGUUUAGUACUACAUUUGUUUGUAGUUUCGAAAGAGGAAUGAUUAUAUUUAGAAGUAACGUAGAAUGUGCGAGUCGACGUAAUGAAGAUAGGUAAGCACGGUUCUGCAUAAAGUAAGUACGGAAUAGUAAAGGUAUAUUUGGGUUUCAAGUUAAACUGCAGUGUAUAGCGAGAUAGGACUAGAAAAAAAGGGUUAGCUGUUCUCUCACGCCCCCCAGAGUGUGUCAUAUUCUAUGUAUGUAAAGGACAUCAAAUGUCAAUCUCGAUUUCGUUUUAUUUCCUCCUCUUUCGUUGUCUGAUUUGUGGUAUGAAAACUGUUUACAUUUUGGUUUGUCAGUUUCAAAAACUGACGUUCUACGAGGAGUAGGUGAAGGCAAACAAGGGGUUUUGGUCGAGGUUCGAUUUAUUUUCUUUUUAUUCGUUAAGGUCGUGAAAGACCUCACCACAAGUUUUCUAUCUAAAAAAAAAAACCUGUAGGGUGUUUACCCAGAAACAGAGCCCCUUCCCUGACCCAACAACAAUGAACCAAUUACAGAUAGGGUUAAUGUUGGGUCAGGGGAGGGGCGGUGCGCAGUUUCUCAGAUGCUGACGUUUUUAGUUUCUUUUCUGUCUCUUUGUCGUUGUUUUAUAAUUUGCUUAACAUGUAAAUCACUCCGGCACAGUAGUUUGCUUUCAUUUGCUCCUUGUAACUUUGAGAAAACUUAGACAUUAGCAUUUUGUGGCUGUUUUGUGAGGGAAUUCAUUAUCAAUUGUGACGCCACUUUAUAAGUGACGGCCGCAAGACUGAGAAAAAAGUAGUGCACAGAUAGUGUUUUAGAAAGUUUCAAACAACGAAUGAGUUAAGUUAUUUAAGUUUUCUCAAAAGAAAAUUAAUGAUAAAUCCAAA